AUGGCCGACACGGUCAUGAACGGCACUCAUUAUCCCUUGGAGCGCCCUCCAACGCCUCCUCCAGGUCCACCAGCAGAUAUAGCUCCUCCUCCACCCGCCGAUAUAAAACCCCCUCCACCACCAGAAGAGGCUUUACCGCCGCCUCCUCCUCCAUUUGAAAGCCUUGCACCGCCUGCGCCGCCCGUGGUCAAAAAGAAGAAAGCCGGUUGGAGCUCUGCUGCUGCGAAACCGCUUAGUGUUGAAGAGCUUCUGCGAAAGAAGAGGGAAGCAGAUGCGGCGGCUUCGAAGCCCAAGUUUCUUUCCAAAGCUGAACGUGAACGACUCGCAUUAGAGAAACGCGCUAAAGAAGUUGAAGCCGAGCGACGAGCAAAGAUCGAACAAGGUCGAACUACAAAUGAAUCGGUACAGAAUGGUACAAUUUCAGAGAAUAUAAACGGUGAUAGAGCAAAUGGCGACUCACGAUCAGCUCCUGUACCUACCGGCCCACGCGCAUUACGCAACGAUGGAGAAAUACCUAGAGGGCCUGCUGCUAUGCGCAAUCAGCAGCCAAACAAGGACUACGACAUGACGCCACCAGCUCCCCCGAAACGUAUCGCAUUCGGAAAAGGCGAUUCAAAAGGUGACAAGCAUGUCUCGGAGGCAGAGGCUGAAGCAGAGUUGGUUCGACAGCGAUACAUGGGUGCGAGUCAGACAUCGAAUUUCUCCGCGAAGAAGAAAAGGAAGCGUACUACAGAAAGGAAAUUUAACUUUGAAUGGAACGCCGAAGAAGAUACAAGCAAGGACUAUAACCCGUUAUAUCAGAAUAAAGCACACGCGAAUUUCUUUGGACGAGGCCGACUUGCUGGAUUCGGCGAAGAUAUGGCAGAUGAUGCUACAAAGAGAUACGUCCAAGCCUUGGAAGACCGUGAUCGUGAAGCGGGCUCUGUUCGGGCCAGGGAGAUUCUAGAAAUGGAAAGGAGACGCAAAGAAGAAAGCAGCAGGACUGCGAUCGAGAAACACUGGAGUGAGAAGAGACUGGACCAGAUGCGCGAACGAGACUGGCGUAUUUUCAAAGAAGAUUUCAAUAUCAGCACCAAAGGUGGCAGCGUCCCCAAUCCGAUGCGCUCGUGGGAGGAAUCUGGAUUACCACGACGGCUGCUUGACCUUAUUAAGCAGGUUGGAUAUGCCGAUCCGACGCCAAUUCAGAGAGCAGCUAUUCCGAUUGCUCUGCAGUCUCGAGAUCUUAUCGGCGUGGCUGUGACAGGUUCCGGUAAAACAGCGUCAUUUUUGCUUCCAUUAUUGGUCUAUAUUGCUGAGUUGCCUCGACUCGACGAAUUUGAAUGGCGGAAGAAUGAUGGUCCAUAUGCCAUUAUCCUUGCACCCACUCGAGAGUUGGCGCAACAGAUUGAGAUCGAAGCCAAGAAGUUCUCCAAGCCCCUCAAUUUCAACGUCGUCAGUAUUGUCGGUGGUCACUCUUUGGAGGAACAGGCAUACAGUCUACGGGAUGGUGCGGAAAUUAUUAUUGCCACCCCUGGACGUCUAGUCGAUUGUUUAGAACGACGAAUGCUAGUUUUGUCACAAUGUUGUUAUGUGAUUAUGGACGAAGCAGAUCGAAUGAUUGAUCUUGGUUUUGAAGAGCCUGUUAACAAGAUUCUCGAUGCACUGCCCGUCACGAAUGAGAAACCGGAUACAGAAGAAGCAGAGGAUGCGCAAGCAAUGAGUCAACACGUCGGUGGACGAGACAGGCGGUACCGACAGACUAUGAUGUACACAGCAACUAUGCCAUCGGCUGUCGAACGGAUAGCGCGGAAAUACCUACGAAGACCUGCCAUUGUCACAAUCGGUAACGUCGGUCAAGCCGUGGACACCGUCGAGCAACGCGUCGAGUUUGUUGCGGGCGAAGACAAGCGGAAGAAGCGUCUCGCCGAUAUCCUCAUGUCAGGACAAUUCCAACCGCCCAUCAUCGUCUUUGUCAACAUCAAGCGAAACUGUGACGCUGUUGCCAAAGAUAUCAAACAAAUGGGCUUUUCAUCCGUCACUUUACAUGGUAGUAAAACACAGGAACAGCGUGAGGCGGCGUUGGCCUCGGUGCGGAAUGGCAGUACUGAUGUACUCGUUGCUACGGAUUUGGCUGGUCGUGGUAUCGAUGUGCCGGAUGUCAGUUUGGUGGUUAAUUUCAACAUGGCGACUAAUAUUGAGAGCUACACGCAUCGUAUUGGUCGUACUGGUCGUGCUGGAAAGAGUGGUGUUGCCAUAACAUUCUUGGGCAACGAAGACACUGAUGUUAUGUACGAUCUCAAACAAAUGUUGAUGAAAUCAUCCAUAUCUCGAGUGCCUGAGGAGCUCCGUAAGCACGAAGCGGCACAAUCCAAACCUACACGGGGCGGAGGAUUCUCCAAGCAGAAAGCAGACGAAGGCGGUUUUGGUGGCAAGGGUGGUGGAUGGUAG